CACAGCUUUAUUUAGCAGCACGCCCUUUCAGAUCUAUGAAGAAUUGAAAGAAAAUAAAUUCAUUUUGCAUGCAAAAUGUGAUCAAUUUGUUCUGCCCUCAGGAAAGCAAAGGGGAUUUUCUGUCCUCCUUAUUCAAGUACAAAUGACAUUUGAACAUUUAUUAGGACACUCAGUAUCAUGAGGAGCUUUAAAAAAGACCCUUCUUGCUGGUUGACAUGUAAUAAGACUGUUGGGAAAAUGAAUGUCUUAAGAGGGCUUUUCACCAAAAGCUGGUCAUCUGAUACUCGUUUCGAUGGAAAAACUGCUAUAGUGACUGGAGCAAACACCGGGAUUGGGAAAGAAACAGCUAAGGAUCUGGCAAGACGGGGUGCACGGGUGAUCCUGGGCUGCAGAGACCUGCUGAAGGCCGAACAGGCGGCUGGUGACAUCAGCAGAGACGUGGAGAACGCAGACGUGGUGGUUCGGAAACUAGACCUGGCCGACACCAAAUCCAUCUGUGAUUUUGCUGAACUGAUUUACAACACUGAAAAGUCUCUUCAUUUGCUGAUUAACAACGCUGGCGUGGCAAUCUGUCCAUAUUCAACAACAGCUGACGGUUUUGAGACACAGUUCGGAGUCAAUCAUUUAGGACAUUUCUUUCUUACAUUCCUCCUUAUGGAUCUGUUGAAGCAUUCAGCUCCUUCUAGAGUGAUUAAUGUCUCCUCAUCGGCCCACCACAUGGGAAAGAUCCACUUUGAGGACCUGAACAGUGAGAAAAGCUAUCAUCCCGUGAAGGCCUACGUACAGAGCAAACUGGCCAACAUACUUUUCACGCGAGAGCUCGCCACAAGAGCGGAAGACAGUGGUGUGACUGUGUACUCCCUCCAUCCCGGUGUGGUGCAGUCAGAGCUGUUCAGGAACCUCAGCAAGCCUGUGCAGAUAGCAGUCAAGGUCUUCAGCCCUUUCACCAAGACCACUAUUCAGGGGGCCCAGACCACCAUCUACUGUGCUGUGGAGCCCAAACUGGACAAAGAGAGUGGAGGAUAUUACAGCAACUGUGCUCCAGCACAGUGUUCAAGAGAAGCUUUAGAUGAUGAAAUGGCUCAGAAACUCUGGGAGCUCAGCUGUCAGAUGCUUGGCAUAACUUGGGACUGAUGGAGCAAUCCUCUCAGUGACACUGUUAUAAAAGCCGAAUAAAAGCUUUUGGACUAAUGUCAUAGGUAAUGGAAACUGUAGUGUUCAUACAAUGCAUGAAUGAAUGCACUAUGUUUUAUAUUGUACAUUGAAUACUCUUUUUAAUACCCUGUUAUAAUUUCAAUAGAUAUAAUGAACUGCUAUGAAUUCAAAUGUAUUUUGGUCUAUUAAAUAUUUAAUCUUUUAUUUGCAGUUUCUUUUUGCUGAUGAGGUGCUGUAAUAUCCAAAGUUAAUGAACUAAGCAGAACUGCUAAUCUAAAGUUUAUAUUCACAGGAUGUUUGCCUU